AUGUCGCAUCGUGACACUUGGGUUCGCCCAAAGUCGGACGACAUCAGUCUCUUCUCCGACCCGCUGCUUUCACUGGCGAACCUCAAGGCGCUCGCGGCUGGCCCGGGGCUCGGUCACGCGGGCGAUGAUGGAGGUAUCAUUCUCAGAUCCGUUUACUGGAGAUUCUAUCACGGGCUGCUUCCCCCUCCAACAUCACUCGACCUCUUCCCUCCCGCCCUGGUCGCCGCACGCAGGGAUUAUGACGAAUUGAGGAAACGCUACCUGAUCGCUCCUGAUGGCCGCUGGGCGGCAGACUGCUCCGGUGGCGACGGGUACGAGCCGUCCUCGGGCUCAGGAGAGGUAUUCGACCCGCUGUCGACCGAAGACGACUCGCCCUGGAAGGCAUGGUUCGCGCAUCUCGAGCUCCGAGCGACGAUCAGGCAAGACGUCGACCGCACCUUCCCCGACAUGCCGUACUUCCAGGACGAAGGCGUGCGGCGCAGCCUCACGACCAUGCUGUUUCUGUUCGCCGUCCUCAACCCUGACGUCGGGUACAGACAGGUGAUCGACCGAGAUUCGCUCGUGAAUGACAUGCCGCCGAGGAGCCCGCGCCCGUCGUCGGUUGUCAACAUGGACGAGGCGCUUGCGACGACGCUCGACCGCGUGUACGUCGAGCACGACGCGUUCGCUCUGUUCCAGGAGAUCAUGAGGUCAGCCAAAGCAUUCUAUGAGUGGCGGACGGAGGAAGGACCGGUAAUUGUCGCGGCCGACUACCCCGUUGUGCUCACGAACUUAUUGCACUACCCAUCGCCGUCUCCGUCGUAUCCGUUCAACCCCGGACUCAUUCUCCAGCAAGCUCAACGGCUCCGAGAUGAUACAUCUGCCGCAUCCGGUGUCGAGGUCAUGCUGCAGAACCAGGAGCUGCUCGGCGUUCGCGCAGGGGGAUCAUCCACUGUGGACCUCAGCGAGCCACCCGCAUCGCCUGGGUACUCGUUCUUUGGGCGUAAUACACCCUCACCAGGGCCGAACGGCAGAGCUCGAGCUAGGGCCGGCGUGCAGAGCCUCGCGCAGGGCUUAUUCGAGAGGGCUCAAAAGGCAGGACUCGAUAAGGCGAUUCUGUCAACCGUGACCGAUUUACGAAAUAGCUUACCCGAUACGUCGUCGUACUCGUUCUUCUCCCCAGCGAACACAGACAGCGGCAAAGCGUCUCCCUACUCGACGAUACCUUCGUCCACCGCUCCCUUACCGCCACGACCGACAAUCACCCCACACCCAUCGUCCGAUGCAGAGUCUGUGCGGUCUCUGCUGAACGCGGACCGACAGAUGGCUGAAGUCCGCCUCGCGAUGGUCGGCAUGGGCAAGGCGAUGGCGGAGUGGCUCGAGCUAGUACGCAGCGGCGAUGGCAGUCCUGACGAGAUCGCGCACGCCUACAAAGGCUUGGACCGGGUGCGCGACAGCCUGCUCGGAGCCGCAGGAUGCGACGUCGAGGACCUCGUGCGCGACUGGACCUGGAACGAGGGCUUGGACACGCACAAGGCAAAGUCGAACUCGAACACACAGACCCCACUCGGAUCGCCCCGCCAUCGACCCCAGACUGACACAGCACCUAUUCCGGGUGCCUUACUCCCAAAGCGCGGUGACAGCAAGCCUCUUCCUCCUGAACCGCCCUCCGCACGUGCCGAGAGCCCCGAGCCUGCCAUUAUCGAGGAAGGACUGGGGGCGAUGGGUUUGUCCGAGACCAAGACGAAGCCGCCUCCACCACCCGUCGCGACGCUGCCGACAGCGCCGGCAGUGCACCAGCCGACGACACGCCCUCAGCAACUCUUCCCCGUGUGCCUGUCCCCGCGCACUCAUCCACACAUUCAACACCUUCCAUCCAAGUGUCACCCCGGCCCGCAUCGCAGGCGACAGUGCCGUCGCCAGAGCUCCGCCACGCACUCACCGUCUCCGCCUCUGGACCCACUCGGUGGCUUGGGCGUAUCGGAGAGUGCCAAAGUAGAACGCCGGCGAUCCGGCAUUAGAAUGCGACCGACGUCGAGCAGCUCGGGCUUCUCCGCCGUGGAAGUCGGAGUGGACCCGCUGGGCGCUGGCGUCUAA